UUUAAUGAAUGCUCUGCGUGUCUGAACAGAGCAUGUUCUUCAUAUUUAUGCUAAAUGGCCUUAAAAUGGCAGAUGAGCCAAUGGAAGAAGGUGAACCAUAUUCCUACCAUGAUGAAGGAAGUGUGAAAGAAAUUCCUAUUACACACCAUGUGAAAGAAGGAUGUGAGAAAGCAGAUCCAGCUCAGUUUGAGCUACUUAAGGUUCUUGGACAGGGAUCAUUUGGAAAGGUCUUCCUCGUGAGGAAGAUAAUUGGGCCUGAUGCUGGGCAGCUUUAUGCAAUGAAAGUGUUGAAAAAAGCUUCUUUAAAAGUUCGGGACAGAGUCCGUACCAAGAUGGAGCGCGACAUCCUGGUGGAAGUCAAUCACCCCUUCAUUGUCAAACUGCACUAUGCCUUUCAGACUGAAGGGAAGCUCUAUUUAAUAUUGGAUUUUCUCAGGGGAGGAGAUGUAUUCACACGAUUAUCCAAAGAGGUUAUGUUUACAGAGGAAGAUGUGAAAUUCUACCUCGCAGAACUGGCCCUUGCUUUGGAUCACCUUCACAGCUUGGGAAUUGUGUACAGGGACCUGAAGCCAGAAAACAUUUUGCUUGAUGAAGCAGGACAUAUCAAGUUAACAGACUUUGGACUCAGCAAGGAAUCAGUAGACCAGGAGAAGAAGGCCUAUUCUUUCUGUGGUACUGUAGAGUACAUGGCUCCUGAAGUGGUAAACAGGCGAGGGCACAACCAGAGUGCUGACUGGUGGUCCUUUGGGGUCCUCAUGUUUGAAAUGCUUACUGGUACCCUGCCAUUUCAAGGUAAAGAUCGAAAUGAGACUAUGAAUAUGAUACUGAAAGCAAAGCUGGGGAUGCCUCAGUUCCUCAGCCCUGAAGCACAAAGUCUCUUGAGGAUGUUGUUUAAAAGGAACCCAUCAAAUAGAUUAGGAGCUGGUUCAGAUGGAGUUGAAGAAAUCAAGAGACAUCCUUUUUUUUCUACUGUUGACUGGAAUAAACUGUUCAGAAGAGAAAUUCAGCCUCCAUUCAAACCUGCUUCUGGAAAGCCAGAAGAUACUUUCUGUUUUGAUCCAGAAUUCACAGCAAAAACACCAAAAGAUUCUCCAGGGGUCCCACCCAGUGCUAAUGCCCACCAGCUCUUCAAGGGAUUUAGUUUUGUUGCAACUACUACUGUAGAAGACCAUAAAAUAUCACCCCUCACCAAUAUCCUGCCCAUUGUCCAGCAGCUUCAUGGAAACAGUGCACAGUUCACUGAUGUCUAUGAACUGAAGGAAGAUAUUGGUGUGGGCUCCUACUCAGUUUGCAAGAGAUGUAUCCACAUAGCUACAAACAUGGAGUUUGCUGUGAAGAUAAUUGAUAAAAGCAAAAGGGAUCCCUCAGAAGAAAUCGAGAUUCUCAUGCGUUAUGGGCAACAUCCAAACAUUAUUACUUUAAAGGAUGUGUAUGAUGAUGGCAGGUUCAUCUACCUGGUGACAGAGCUGAUGAAGGGAGGGGAGCUGCUGGACCGGAUCCUGCGGCAGAAGUUCUUCUCGGAGCGCGAGGCCAGCGCUGUGCUCUUCACCAUCGCCAAGACCGUGGACUACCUGCACUGCCAGGGGGUGGUGCACCGAGACCUCAAACCCAGUAAUAUUUUAUACACUGAUGAUUCAAACAAUGCUGAUUCCAUCAGGAUUUGUGAUUUUGGAUUUGCAAAACAACUUCGAGGAGAAAAUGGAUUACUUCUGACUCCCUGCUACACUGCAAACUUUGUGGCACCAGAGGUUCUCAUGAGACAGGGAUAUGAUGCUGCUUGUGACAUAUGGAGCUUGGGAGUUCUCCUUUACACAAUGCUGGCAGGCUAUACUCCAUUUGCCAAUGGUCCCAAUGAUACUCCUGAGGAGAUCCUAGUACGGAUAGGCAGUGGGAAAUUCUCUCUAAGUGGAGGCAACUGGGACACUGUUUCAGAUGCAGCAAAGGACUUGUUGUCACACAUGCUGCACGUGGAUCCCCACCAGCGGUACACGGCCGAGCAGGUGCUGAAGCAUUCCUGGAUUGCCUGUAGGGACCAGCUGCCUCAUUAUCAGCUCAACAGGCAAGAUGCCCCACAUCUAGUAAAGGGAGCCAUGGCUGCUACAUAUUCUGCACUGAAUCACAAGACAUUUCAGCCAGUGCUGGAGCCUGUGGCAGCCUCCAGUUUAGCUCAGCGAAGGAGCAUGAAAAAGCUCACAUCCACAGACUUAUAGAUCCACUGGGACACCUGAGCAGACACAAGCAAGGGGGAAACCCAACAAGUGGCUCUAUUUUGCCUGACCUGUGAUCAAAAGGCAUCUAUGGUUUCCUGCUACACUACUUGAAUUCUGUAAAAGUCCUUUUUUUAAAAAGAAAAAAAAAAUCCACAGGUUCAUACUGUGUUUGUUUUACAGGCCGUAUCUGUUAAGUUAAUUUGAACAUCAGGUACACCAUAAUGAAUUUCUCUACACUGUCCUUUGAGAUCUGUUGCAAAUAUUCUUUCACAUUCUGUAUAGUUUUGCUGGGUUCAGUUAAAAAAAAAAAUGGUUUAGGGGACCCUUGCCAAUGACCAAGUUGUACAUAAAGUGUCAGUGUGAGUUUUCUUUGCUUCACACCUUUAGACCCUGCUGUGAAGGGCAAAUUCUUCAUUUUGGUAAUUGGGCACUUCAUUGAUUCAAUUCCUUUCCCUUGUCCAUGACUAUUAUGCAGAGUUGGGCAGUGUGAUGUGCCAGAGUUAAUUCAUCACUGUUGAUCUGUGUUUGCACGGUGCCAGUAGCUGAGGAGUUUGUGUGAAAUACAAACCAAAGGGAUGUGCAAGAUCCUGCACUUAAAUUUGAGCUCUUGUGACCCAAAAGAAAUGCUGGUUAUGGCCUCUAACAGGAAAAUGAAUAUUUCUGGUUGUUACCACAAAUUGUGUCCUGCACUGAGCUGGAGAAAGUCAAUAUGUGCAUAAACUGUCAAAAUUCAGGCUCUCAGAAACAUUGGUGCCACUUCAAAACAACAUCAUGCAGCUCAAUCCUUUGUUAUUCAUAUUUCCCAUGCAUUAGUACAACUACUGUGUUAUUUUCCUCAGCAGUCUUUCCACUAAAUACACCCAAUAUUAGGUUUGUUUGGUAUAUGAGACAAACUGACACUUUAUUAUAACCAACUUGGCACUUGGGGUUUAUUUUUUAUUUAUUUGAUUUUUUUAAUAGAAGGUUGCUUCUCUCUGAUUCUCUCGCCGCAUGUACAAAUAUUACAGAACAGAAAUGCAAAAUUCUCUUUGCCUAACUGUAGGGGUAGCUUGGGAAAAUAAAUAAGCCUUGCUGUGUGCCCAGAUAAGGGAAUUCUGACCAAGAAAUUUCACAGUUAUGGACAAAUUCCUUUUAGCAUCCUGUGGCCAGCACUUACUCGCCCUCUCUGUCUGGUGUUAGGACAUCAGCUGUUCCUAAAUGCUGGGAUGGAGGGGAAGUUCAUUUCAGGGCCAGAAUUACCUUGGGGUUUCCUGACUGAAAACCAAUGCUAACUGCUGGUAGUUCAUUCAGAGAUACACUUAGAAAUGUUUUCAAAAGUUGUAGACACUGAGCAACUGUAGUGACAUAGCAGAAUGAUUUUAAAUAUUAAAUAUAUUAGUGACAUUAGACUGUGAAGUGACCAAAACUCAAACAUAGUUCAGACUCAUUUGUCAUAAUGGAAUUUUCAAAUGCAAGACCCCAGGGCUGACAAAAAUCAGUGUUUUGAGACAGCAGGAAAAAAACUUCCUGAGAAUUCUGGCCCAAGCACCAGGAGUGGUGGUGAUAACUCAGAUCUCACAAGAGGUCUUGGCUGGUUUUUGCUUAUACCUGUGAAGGACUUGGUGGUGUUGGAAGUACUUUUAGAUAAGCUGCUUUCUUCUGUUGUGGUGGGGGAAGAUGGACAUUAUCUGGCCAAAUAGUUAGGUAUGAAUAUAUAUAGAUUUGAGACUUAAUGAUAUAGCAAACUUAGGUGUGCUCUUUGUAUCACACAGAACAUCCCCCAGAUGGAAUUUCUUGAGUGCUUGAUAGAUGUUGGAAGCUUUAGGGGCCAUUUGUGCCUAGUUUUGAGGUGCCUGUUUGAAAUGCUUGAAAGCUUAUCAAAGAACACAACUGCUUCCUGGAAAGCUCCUUGUUUAGUACAAAAUCUGCCCCUUUUGCAGCUGCUUCAUCCUCCUUUUCCAGCAAGAAUGCCUGGAAACCUCUUGUCUACACUCUGUCAGGGUCAUUUUUAUGUGAACUUAAAGAUGACUGCGAGAAGAAUUUGAAUUGACUCAAAAAAAGAAGGCAAAAGUGGUAGAAAUUAAAGCCCCUGAGCCCAGGUCAAGGUGUAAUGUGGGUUGAAAUGUAGUCCUAAAAGCAUGCUGAGGAUAAGAGGUAAUGCAGGCCCUGGAUACAAUGAAAAUGUCAAACUUGAAUUGUCUUCAGCUUUCCUGUAAGGCAGCAGCUGGUCUUUAAUGGCUUUACCCAUGAAUCAUUUAACAGUGUUUCUGUUUUUAUUUUCUUUUAGCUUGCUUAGAAGCACCACAGUAUAAGCACCUUAAAAGCAUUUUGCACAAGAGCAGUUGGAAGCAGCUGAGGGGACUCAAGUUAUUCUUGAUGUGCAGUACAAAGGUGGUGAGAGGAAAAGAACACAAACAAGGUGGAUGUUCUGAUUCAUUGCAGAGUAUUUAAAACAUCUCCUGUAAAGUUAUCCCUGUUUUAUAGCACUGCUGGCCUUUAGUGCAGGUGGUACUCCAGGGGUAAAAGCAAAGUUUCAGUGACUGCAACAUUACAAAGUUGUCUUAUUGUGGGGAAAACAUAUGGAUGUGUUAUAUCUGACAGGCCAGUGUACCCUGGUAUGCCAUUUAUAAUCCUUAUUU